CUAAACACAACAUUACCCAUCGACGUCGCCCCACCGCUCCCGGCCGACGCGCUCCAGGAACGGGGUCCGUGCGUCCUCGCCGUCGCGCCGCUGGACGAAGACCGUCGCGCCGCCCCAGCUCAUCUGGUGGAGCUCCUCGUCCACAAUCGUAAACAGGGGCGACGGCAGCGGCCGCGUGAACGUGAUCACGACGGCGCCGGGCCGCAGGCCCUCCGCGAGGUCCGCGACGGCCUUGAGCAGGUCGUCGUCGAAGCACGUCGAGUUGACCAGGACCACGUCGCCGUCGGCGGUCCAGUCGUGAAAUUUCAGAUCCGUGAUGUCGCCUUCGUAGAACUCGACCGCCGGCCGCGCGUGGCCGAGCGUCCACUCCGCCGCCUCCACAAGACCUUUGGCCUCGCGCGCGAGGCGGCUCAGGCCCGCCAGCAGCUCGACGCCGCGGCACGCCCGAAAGGGGAACAGCACCGCCGCCGCCACGACCGGCCGCCCCGCGCCGCUGCCCAGGUCGUAGAACACGUCCUGCCCCGGCCGCAAGUCGUCCCGAAUCUUCCGCAGCGUCGCCUCAAAGGACGCGUACUCGAUCUCGCCGUACACAAAGCUCUGCUUCCGCGUCCAGCGCCGCUCGUCGCGCUCGCGCCGCGACUCGCGCUUCGCGUCGGCCGCGUUCUUGAAGACCGCGUCGUAGAACGCCUCGGCGGGGGACCGUCGCCGCGCGGGCGCGGCCUGGUUCCGUUCCUGCAGCGGCGGCGCGGGCGGUGGCGCCGGCGGCGCCGCGGGGCCCUCCUGCACGAAGAGCUCGGGGUCGCAGCGCCCGAGGAAGUCCUCGCCGUCGUCGCUGCUCGACAUUGUUUUGCUGUGGCUUCGCUGGGUGCUGUGGCUUCUCCACGCGAUCUCUGCUCCCUCGCGCUCGACGUAUGCUCGCUGUUUGUGGCAAAAAAGGGGCAGGCACUGCCUGCAGGCAGCUAGCAAUUUGUCCCUCGCAACUAUACGUCAGCGCACAGGCAGUUCGGAGGCUUCACGCAGGGUCUUUUGCAAGCGCUCGCUCGCCGUCAGUGCCUGCGAUACGGCCGUUUACGCUUUGGGCUCGACGUAGG